AAAAGCAAGGCCUCCAUGUUACAAUGUCAAUGUAUGAAUUAUGAAGGUCAGUGCUAGAAAACGUCAUGACCGAUGUGUUUUACAAUUUAUAAUAAUAAUAAUUAAUAUAAUAAUUACUAUUGCACAGGUAAUUAUCAUGGUAAUUAUUUGUUAGUUCAGUCGUUAUGGCGGGCAGAGUGUUCAAGAUUGCCCUGAUUCAACUGGCUGUUGGUACAAAUAAAACAAAUAAUGUUACACAUGCAAAGGAAUUGAUAAGAGCUGCUGCCAAAGAAGGGGCAUCAAUAGUGUCGUUACCUGAGUGUUUUAAUAGUCCAUAUGGAACACAAUAUUUUGCUAAAUAUGCAGAACCAAUUCCAGGAGAAUCAACUAAUGCAUUGUUGGAAUUAGCAAGAGAACUUCAAGUAUUUAUUGUUGGUGGCUCAAUACCUGAAAAAGAUGGUGAUAAAUAUUUCAAUACUUGUACAGUAUUUUCUCCAAGUGGUGAAAUGGUUGCCAAACACAGAAAAGUACAUUUAUUUGAUAUUGAUAUUCCUGGAAAAAUCACUUUCCGUGAAUCUGAAGUGUUGCACUGUGGGAAUUCUCUUACAACAUUUGAAACAUCAUUCUGUAAAGUGGGUAUUGGAAUCUGCUACGACAUACGUUUCUCGGAAAUGGCACAACUCUAUGCUAAACUAGGAUGCAAAUUGAUUCUUUAUCCUGGAGCAUUUAACAUGACAACUGGUCCUGAACAUUGGGAAUUACUCAUACGAAGCAGGGCUUUGAAUAAUCAGAUUUACUGUGCAGCAAUAUCACCAGCUCGUGAUGAUAAAGCAAGUUACGUUGCCUGGGGUCAUACAUCCAUAGCAGAUCCCUGGGGUAAAGUGAUCGCAAAAUGUGAGCACCAUGAAGAUAUUGUGUUCGCCAAUAUUGAUCUUCAGUACUUAGAGGAUGUUCGUAAUCAAGUUCCAAUUACAUUACAAAGACGAAAUGAUCUCUAUUCUGUGGAGAGUGUUAAGAGUCAAUUGUGAACCUCAUCAGGUGAUGUGUCUUAGAACUUAACUACACUUUACUCAUAGAAUUUAACAUACUACAUUAAAUACUCUGCAACUUUACAACAUGUUAUCUUGAGUAGAUCAAUAUUAAGGAACUAUUUAACAAAAUGAUAAAAACAAAAUAAUUAGACUUUUGUGUGAUAAAGAAUUUUCAAGCAUCAUUUUUUAUGUUAUUCAAAGUUCUUCCUGAUAUUAUACAAUAAUUGUUGUCUAGGUACCACUAAUUUUAGUGUUACUCAUGUUCCAACAUUUAUCA